GCGACAGCCACAGCCACAGCGAGUCAGCGCUCGGCGCUCACACCGCGCAGUGCCCUCCGCCGACGACCGCGUGCCUCAGCCCGCCGCCGCGCCAAACUUACAAACUCACUUUCCGAAACCUGUUCCCGACAACAAAAAAAAUCUAUUACGAAACAAGAUUCACUACUGAUCUCCCCGAAGGUCUGUGACGGUGCGCGCUCGGACCUUGAAACUGUUAACGUGCUCGUGAAAAACUUUGGACUUUGAAACUUUUUUAAAAGUUUUCGACGUCCGCAAACUCUGGUCACGGUUGAACGACGUUCCCGAUAAACCGGUGCCAGAAACCGGGUCGUGUGUCCAAGUGUGCGUACAAUGUGCACCAAUGUUUAAAAGAAAGGUGGGAAAGGUCCAUCAGGUGCGUCACUACCGCAUCAUCCUGAAGCCUAAGGCGUGGAGACGUAUUCCUAUGAAAAUACUGAAGUGGGGGCGCAAGAUGACGUCCACUAAGCAUUACAGCCUGGUGACUCACGACGACUACGACGCUCGGAUCCCGCUCCACGCGGACGGGGCGUUCGAAUACGGCAUCACGUUUCGUGCUAAGUAUAUCGGCACUAUGGAGAUAGAUCGACCGACGAGUCGCGUGGAGAUCGUUGCUGCGAUGCGUCGAGUACGAUACGAGUUCAAGGCGUGUGGAAUAAAGAAGCGUCCAGUGGUGGUCACGGUGUCAUUGGAUGGAGUAACCGUGACUACUUACCACAAACGGCCGUUUUUCUUCAGCCGAAAGAAGAAAAACCUCGAGGGCGUCGAAUUGAUGCAUCAUCCCAUUUACCGUAUCUUCUACGUGUCGCACGACAGCGCUGACCUCAAGAUAUUCUCCUACAUUGCAAGAGACGGCGCCACCAACGAAUUCAAAUGCAGUGUAUUCAAGAGCAAACAAAAGACCCAGGCCAUGAAAAUCGUUCGCACAGUCGGCCAGGCGUUCGAGGUGUCCUACAGGAUGCAGGUGAACAGCUCCGACGAGCCCGUGGCCUCUACUUCCUCGGCCCCUGACGAAGUGGUGACCGUUGAAUAUGUCCGUGAAGUUCCUGCUCCGAGAGAGUCGGCGUCAGAGUCCGGAGCGUCGGGUUCUGGUGGAGCGUCCACGUCCAAAGCCGCUGACGAGCCGAAGCCAUCCAAGGGGGCCCAGCAUAUCGACCCCCUGCCGCCGCCGCCCAGGAAGGAGGGGAAACGUGCCCAGGUUCCGAAACCAGUGCAGGUGCCAACCAUCAACUUGCCGGACUUGCCGGACCCGCCCAACACAGAGCCCUCCCUGCCGGAGGGUGAGGCGACGCCGCUCACCGCGCAGCAUCAGCUGCAGCUGAUGCAAGAGCAACUCGAGCAACAAGAGCAGCACACGCGCGCCGCAUUCGCGCAGCUGGUGCUCUUCCGUGAUCAGCUCGCUGCAGAGAAGGCGGCUCGAUGCGAAGCUCAAGCUCGUACUCACCAGCUGCUGGUCCACAACAAAGAACUGCUGGAGCACAUCGCCGCGCUCGUCGCACACUUGCGAGAGAAAGAGAAGGGGAACCACCGACCAAUCAGUGCUCAGACACUGACGCUGUUGCCACAGAUGCAAGCCGGAGGAAACGAACCUAUGAAAACUGACAACUCUCCCACAUGCAACGGAAAUUGUCAACCGAUGAACAACGACGAGCUGAUCAGUUUCGUGGUUGAGAAAAUUGAAAAUGAGCAGAUGAACCAAAACAUCGAGAACAACAACGUAACUCCGUCAACCAGCGGCAUCUCGUCAAACGCUACCAAGAAGCAGAACGAUCCAACUCCACCCGCCUUGGGGAAAAUGAACAACGAUGAGUACCACAACUACGUGAUAUCGAAAUUUCAAGACUUGUCUCUCAAGAAUGCUGUAAAGUCUCCCAAAGCUAAAGCUGCCGAAGCAGAAUCUGGCGAAAACAAAUACUUUUUUCAAAACACAUUGGCGUUCCCAAAUAUUCCGCCGCUCGUGAACCACUACAGCGAGUCCGAUCUUGCCAAUAUUCUGAAGAAGCAGCUCGGAGAUAUAUCGAGCUCCAGCGAUGAAUUCGGCGAUUUGGCUAAAGUUAUGAGCACUGGACAUUCUGAUAACUCCCUAUACAGCACCAGCUCCACAUCUAAGGACUCUUCUGAUAUCUCGACCUCUGAUGAGAUCCUCCCGUACAUAAUGCCCCUGUCGCACAACGGGACCUUGACUGCCACCGGAGAGGACGGCCGUGUGCGGGUGAUCGUACCUGUGAGCCCUUCUCCGAGUACUUCGGGCAUAGCUGGAUCCUCGGCUGACGUGAAGCCGGCUCCGGCUCCGAAGAGCGCUACGCUGAAGGUCCCGGGGUCCGAGGCACCGGCGGCUCCGAUCACUCGCUCUACUAGCGAGAAAGUACCAAACCGUAGCGAAAUGAUGGACACCCUGCGUUCGCAGUGGACAAGGCACACCACGAAGUAAAACAUCAAUAGCCAAAUUGAGUCCAGUGACCUAAGCCGUAUUUAAGUUCAAUUCAUUUUAAGUUAUUCCCUCGAUUACUUACUACGGCGUUAAGCACUAGUUGUUUUGCAAAAACACACUGCUGAAGCAAAAAAUUUUGAACAUCAUCUAUAUCCAUCAAGUGGAUUUUUAUACCGCGGCUCAAAAUAGAAGAGACGAAAUCGGAAAACACUCGGUAUACAAAUAAUGGAAUGGGAACAAACCGUUUUCUAGCAAUGCCAAAGCCAAACCUAGAUCUCCGUAGUUUAUACCUAGAUAGUAAACCUUUUUACAUAUCAAAUGCAAUCUAGUCCCGAAUAUUCAUAUUUGAAUACGGUCAUGACCACAGCAUAUCUUUCUUCUCAUAUCGCAACCAAAUAUAACGACCUACCUACCUAAUUUAGUUUUUAUGAUGUUAUAUUAUUGAAAUUUAUUUGAACCAUAUCAGUAUUUGUGUUUAUUGAUCUAUAAAAGUUUUAUUUACUUUAUACGAUGUAAAGCGCCAUAUGCACUGGACCUUAAGUUUCAACGUCUUCACAUGUUGCGUGCAUAACUCGAGACGCAACAACAUACUCGUAUUUAAUAUGUGUAGUAGUUUUGAUGGUGUAAUCACAGCGUAGAAAAUCAUGGAUAUACCAUUUUUUGAUGUGUUUACAUAAAUACUACAAAUAUAUUAUCUAAGCAUAAAUUGAAUGUUUAGCUUUAUUGAAUUUAUAUAAUAGUGAGCACUUAGCAACGAAUUCCGUAAAAACGCGGCAUAAAUACUACUAAAAGCUAUUUUUCAUUACAAUAAUAUAAAAACAUUCAAAUAAUAAAAAAAUCGUAUAUGUUUCAACCAGUCGUAGAUUCACUUAUUUUGUACGACAGUUACAACCAUCCCUGAUAUAAACUGGCAGUGAUUUUUUUUAUUCGUACUGUUCUGUUUUAAUAAGGGAAUGUUGAAUAGGGAAAAUAUUAUCAAUCAAUGUGUUA